CUGGGAACCGUGGAAGCUCUUUCACGAUCCCAACAAUGGCGGCUGCGAAGGACAUCCUGACACGGCGAUCCGUGGCGGCGACGAUAAGGCUAACGGUUCCAGCUGGUGCAGCAAGGCCAGCACCGCCGGUGGGUCCGGCUUUAGGUCAGUACAGGCUUAACCUGAUGGCCUUCUGCAAGGACUUCAACGCGCGGACUCAAAAGUACAAACCGGACACUCCGAUGGCCGUGACGAUAACGGCGUACAAGGACAAUUCGUUCGAGUUCACCGUUAAAUCGCCGUCUGUGUCGUGGUACAUCAAGAAAGCUGCUGGUGUGGAUAAAGGGAGCACACGUCCUGGGCAUUUGACGGUGACGACGCUUUCUGUGAGACACGUGUACGAGAUCGCCAAGGUGAAGCAGACGGAUCCGUUUUGUCAGUAUAUGCCAUUGGAGUCGAUUUGCAAAUCUAUCAUUGGUACUGCUAAUUCCAUGGGGAUCAAGAUCGUUAAGGAUUUGGAGUGAUUAGGUUUCAUUUUGCUUUUGCGGUGAGAGUGGAAAUCAAUCUACUUUUUUUUUCGAAAUGAUCUCUUGUGUCUUCUAAUAAACGUUAUAACCAUGAAUGUCAGAUUGUUCUGUAUCACUCCAUUUUUCUUGCUUGUUUCAAUGGAUAAAGAGGGAAAAGCUGAGAUUCGGUUUGUUACUUUGUUCAUUUGAAGGUACAAUAUAGAUUGUGUUUUGAGGCUGUUCUUAUAGAGGAACUUUUGAUUCCUAGUUCCAGAGAUUUAUGUUUCCAAAA